AAGAGAGGAGGUGGAGGAGGAACCCAAGGAUACACUGGAGAUCAGGAGCUCUCACGCCAGGGUCCCCAACAGGAACAACAACAGCAGGAGAGUGGAACAGAGCAACUGCUCCUCAUCUGUGGUGGAAACUACUAAUACUAAUACUAAUACCGUGACCACCUCCUCCGUCUCCUCUGGUUGCCCUCCCUCCUCUUCCCUCCUAUCGGCUCCAAGAUCCAUGUGGCAAGAGGCAAUAAGGAGGAAGCGGUACCUCCUGGACCGGACAGGGGAGUCUGGUGAGGGGGAUAGAGGAGGAGGACGAGGUCAGGGUAGGAGGAAUAGGUCCCCGGACUGGCUGUAUGAGUCCUACUACUGUAUGAGCCAGCAGCAUCCUCUCAUUGUGUUUCUGCUGCUUAUAGUGAUGGGAGCCUGCCUGGCUCUACUGGCUGUGUUCUUUGCUUCAGGACUGAACGUUGAGGACCAUGUGGCCUUUGUAAUCACCGUGCCCACGGCGUUGGCCAUCUUCCUGGCUGUGUUUGUACUGGUCUGCAUUGAGUCCAUCUUCAAGAAGCUUCUACGUGUUUUCUCCCUGGUCAUUUGGGCCUGCUUGGUUGCCAUGGGUUACCUUUUUAUGUUUUCUGGCGGGAUCGUCUGUCCGUGGGAUCAGGUGUCAUUCUUCCUGUUCAUUGUGUUUGUGGUUUACACCAUGCUGCCGUUCUCAAUGCGGGAUGCCAUCAUCGCCAGUGUCCUGACCUCCACCUCCCACACCAUUGUGUUGAGUGUCUGCCUGUCCAACACAGCUGAUCACAUGGAACCAGUAGUAUGGCAGAUUUUGGCCAAUAUUAUUAUUUUUAUGUGUGGCAACAUGGCGGGGGCGUACCACAAACAUCUGAUGGAGUUGGCACUGAAACAGACUUACCACGACACCUGCAACUGCAUAAAGUCCCCCAUUAAACUGGAGUUUGAGAAGAGACAACAGGAGCGUCUCCUGUUGUCACUGCUUCCAGCUCACAUUGCCCGUGUGAUGAAAGCUGAGAUCAUCCAGAGACUGAAGGGCCCAAACUUCGGCCAAAUGGAGAACACAAACAAUUUUCACAAUCUGUAUGUCCAGAGACACACUAAUGUCAGUAUACUGUAUGCUGAUAUAGUUGGAUUCACGCGGCUAGCCAGUGACUGUUCACCUGGAGAGCUGGUGCACAUGUUGAAUGAACUGUUUGGCAAAUUUGAUCAAAUUGCCAAGGAAAAUGAAUGUAUGCGGAUAAAAAUCCUUGGUGACUGUUACUACUGUGUAUCCGGCCUUCCAGAGUCCCUGCCGAACCAUGCUAAGAACUGUGUCAAAAUGGGUCUGGACAUGUGUGAAGCCAUCAAGAAAGUGCGAGAUGCCACAGGGGUUGACAUCAAUAUGCGUGUUGGCGUGCAUUCAGGAAAUGUCCUGUGUGGUGUGAUUGGACUUCAGAAAUGGCAGUAUGACGUUUGGUCACAUGAUGUCACACUGGCCAACCAUAUGGAGGCCGGAGGUGUACCAGGGCGAGUCCACAUCACCUCAGAAACACUGGAGCACUUAAAUAGUGCCUAUAAGGUGGAAGAAGGGGAUGGACAGGAGAGAGACCCCUACCUGAAGGAACAUGGAGUCAUGACUUAUCUGGUCAUUAACCCAAAGGUGGAACGUCGGAGUCCACAGCAUCAUUACCGUCCCAGACACACCUUAGAUGGAGCCAAGAUGAGAGCAUCAGUCAGGAUGACCCGCUAUCUGGAGUCCUGGGGAGCAGCCAAGCCCUUUGCCAACCUACAUCACAGAGACAGCAUGACUAAUGAGAAUGGGAAGAUCAACACCGCUGAUGUGCCAAUGGGGCAGUAUCACUUCCAAAGGAGAUCAGAAAGGACAAAGUCUCAGAAGAAACGGUUUGAGGAGGAACUUAACGAGAGGAUGAUCAGAACCUUUGAUGGGAUAAAUUCACAAAAACAGUGGCUCAAGUCCGAGGACAUCCAAAGAAUAUCGUUGUUCUUUCACAACAAAUCCUUGGAGAAGGAGUACAGAGCAACAAUCUUGCCGGCCUUCAAAUACUAUGUCACCUGCGCCUGUUUGAUCUUUUUCUGCAUUUUCAUUGUGCAGAUUCUCGUCCUGCCAAAGACAACGGUCUUGGGAAUAUCCUUUGGAAUGGCUUUUCUUAUCCUUUCGUUGAUCCUCUUCAUAUGUUUCAUUGGACACUUCCUGCACUGCAGUAAAAGUGUCCCCACUUCUUGGAUGUGGCUGCUGAGGUCAUCUGUCAUUAUUGCCAACAAGCCAUGGCCCCGCAUCACUCUCACCAUGACAACCACAGCUUUAAUACUCAUAAUGGCAGUCUUCAACAUGUUCUUUUUGGAAGACAAUGUGUCGCCUCCAGUUCCUUUUUACAAUUCAUCCAAUGAAACACUGUUUUACCCUAAUGGACAACUACUGGCCUUCACUGGCAAAAACAAUUUCUACCUUCCUUAUUUAAUUUACAGUUGCAUUCUGGGCCUAAUCUCAUGCUCGGUAUUCCUGAGGAUAAACUACGAGCUGAAGAUGAUUAUUAUGCUGACAGCUGUGGUGGUUUACAACGUCAUUAUUCUACAAACACAUGCUUCGCUACUGGAUGAAUACAGCACAUUCCUGUACAAAACUGAGAGCCUGGACAGACCAGGAGUUCUCAAAGACCUGAAGACUAUGGGCUCUAUCUCUCUCUUUAUCUUCUUCAUCACGCUGCUUGUGCUUGCCAGACAGAAUGAAUAUUACUGUAGGUUAGACUUUCUGUGGAAGAACAAAUUCAAGAAGGAGUGCGAGGAGAUUGAAACCAUGGAGAACCUCAACCGGGUUUUGCUGGAGAAUGUUCUUCCUGCACACGUAGCCGAACACUUCCUGGCACGCAACUGGAAGAAUGAGGAUCUGUACCACCAGUCCUAUGACCUGGUGUGUGUCAUGUUUGCCUCCAUCCCAGACUUUAAAGAGUUCUACACUGAGUCUGAUGUCAACAAAGAGGGAUUAGAGUGCCUCAGGCUCCUCAAUGAGAUCAUUGCUGAUUUUGAUGAGCUGCUGUCCAAGCCUAAAUUCAGCGGCGUGGAAAAGAUCAAGACCAUUGGCAGCACUUACAUGGCUGCUACUGGGCUAAACGCAUCACCUGGGCCUGAGUACACAUCACAGGAACAUGACAGGCAGUACAUGCACAUUGGGACCAUGGUGGAGUUUGCAUUUGCUUUGGUGGGAAAGCUGGAUGUUAUCAACAAACACUCCUUCAAUGACUUCAAACUCAGAGUUGGUAUUAACCAUGGUCCAGUUAUAGCUGGAGUCAUUGGAGCCCAGAAACCACAGUAUGAUAUCUGGGGGAACACAGUGAAUGUAGCAAGCCGAAUGGACAGCACUGGAGUCCUUGGAAAAAUACAGGUGACGGAGGAGACGAGUCGCAUCCUUCUGACCCUGGGCUAUAUGUGCUCUUGUAGAGGCAUCAUCAACGUUAAGGGCAAAGGAGAGCUCAAGACCUACUUUGUGCACACAGAGAUGACCCGCUCACUAUCCCAGGGGAAUGUAAUGCCGUAA